AACUGUGUUCCUGAUUGUCCCUCUCCUCAGGUCCCCCCAGCUAUGUCCCAGCUACGGCCUUCCUGCAGAACGCGGGCCAGGCCCACCUGAUCAGCCAGUGUGAGAGCCUGGAGGCGGAGGUGAGCGCCCUGCUGCAGCAGCGCCGGGGGGCCCUGCGCGGCUGCCUGGAGCAGCUGCACAGCUACGCCACAGUGGCUCUGCUGUACCCCAGAGCCACCCUGCUGCUGCACCGCGCACACCAGUGGAAGGCCUGGCUGGAGGAGCUGCUGAGGGACAUGACGGUGGAGCACUGCCAGCUCAUCUACAGACAAUACGAGGUGCUGUUCGCCCCGCAGCCCCCCGCCGCCUCCUGCCAGUUCCUGUCCAGUGUGGAGCUGACUCUGCAGCACCAGGCGGCUGAAACAAACGAGCGCGUGCUGCACCAUGCGGAGCGGCUGAAGGCGGAGGGCACCACGGCAGCCGCCUGCGAGGAGCAGCUGCAGGAGAUCGAGCACUGCAUCAGCGUGUUCCUGCGGGAGAACGGGGAGCCGGGGGCCCUCAGCCUGGCCGGCAUCCUCACAUCGGCCCUGUGCACGCUCUGCAGGAGGAAUCUGGUGAUGGAGGGCGCAGCAGCCAGUGCAGGGGAGCAGCUGGUGGACCUGAUCUCUCGGGACGGGGCCUGGUUCCUGGAGGAGCUCUGCAGUAUGGUGGGAAACGUCAGCACUCUGGCUACACUGCUGCAGCGAUGCCCCCUGCUGCCCCACGACCUGGACCUGCCGGCACCUUCAGCCACCACCCAGGCCGUGUACCUGGCCAACGCUGUCUACACCUGCUUACAGGUGG